AUGGUCGAUAUAUCUGAAUUUUUUGGCAAGAAAAGAGGUGCCCGUCUUGAGCCAUCUUCAAGAAAUAAAAAACGCUCGACAACAACAUCAAAAGUUUCCUCUAAAAAACAUAAAUCAACACCUUCAAAUGAGAAAAAAAAUACUCUAGAAGCAAUUGACAUAUUGAAUGAUCCAGAUGAAGAGCAAAAUAGUGACAAUAGUUUAAUAAUGAUCAAAGAAUCUUCUAAAAUAGAUAAACCAACUAAAAAUGCUUCUUCGCACUCCUUGCUUCGUGAAAAAAAAGAAUCUUCUGACAAGGGUAAAGCCCGUAAGGUUUUAUCACCCCCUCCUAAAAUAAAAGACUCUAAACUUAUUAAUGACAAAAAAAGCAUUUCAACUCCUUCAAAGAAUAAUUAUACAUCAGUAAAUGAACUGUUAAUGGAUAUUCCUUCUGUUGAUUUGGAUAAUGUUAAUGUAAAAGAUGUCCAUAAAUAUGAUUUUUUAAAUCAGGAGCAUGAAAAGGAAACUUCUAUGCAACAACCUCCAAACUUUCCAGAAGGUGCACCAGAAUGUUUACUAGGAUUAACAAUUGUUUUUACCGGUAUUUUACCAAAUCUAUCUCGUCCAGAAGCUGAAAAUAUAGCCAAAAAAUACGGUGCUAAAGUUACAAAGGCAAUCUCCAGAAAAACAUCCGUAGUUGUAUUGGGUAAUGAAGCUGGCCCUACAAAAGUCCAAAAAAUUAAAGAUCUAAAAAUAAAAGUUAUAGACGAAGACGGCUUUAAACAAUUAGUCAGCGGUAUGCCAAAAGGAGGUGGAGACAGUAUAGAGGCUACAAAAGCUAGGGAGAAGAAGAAAAAAAUGGAGGAAGAAGUUAAAAAGGAGUCAGAAAAAUUGGACAGAGAAGAGCGAGAAAAUUUCAAAAGGGCCAAUUCUAAACUCAAUUCCUUGAACUCUGGCGGAGGUAGUAACCCCAUUAAUAAUAAUAAUAAUUCUAAGAUUUUAGAUCCAAAUGAGCAACUAUGGACCGUUAAGUAUGCGCCAAAAAGACUAGGAGAAAUUUGUGGAAAUAAAUCAAGUGUUCAAAAAUUGAAAACCUGGUUAGAACAAUGGCCAACCAAUGCUAAAAAUGGGUUUAAGUAUAAUGGCUUAUCCUUUAGAGCGGCAAUGCUAUCAGGGCCUCCGGGCAUUGGAAAAACAACAGCUGCUCAUUUAGUAGCUAAAGAAUUAGGAUAUGAUAUUUUAGAAAAAAAUGCAUCUGAUGUCAGAUCUAAAUCUUUGUUAAACGAAACUGUUAAGAACACUUUAGAUAAUACUUCAGUUGUAGGGUUUUUUAAGCCUGCCGAUUCUAAAAAUUUAGAGAACCAAAACAAAUUCGUAAUUAUUAUGGAUGAAGUGGAUGGUAUGAGUGGUGGUGAUAGAGGUGGUGUUGGCCAAUUAGCAGCUUUUUGUAGAAAGACUGCCACUCCAAUGAUUUUAAUUUGUAAUGAAAGAAGAUUGCCUAAGAUGAGACCCUUCGAUAAAGUUUGUUUAGAAGUGCAAUUCCGAAGACCAGAUGCUACUAGUAUUAAAUCGAGAUUAUUAACUAUUGCAUUUAGAGAAAAAUUUGAAAUAGAUGCACACAUUAUUGAUAAUCUAGUACAGGCUACAAGGGGUGAUAUAAGGCAGAUUAUAAAUUUAUUAUCUAAUAUUUCUUCAACCACUAAAAAGAUUGGUGCUGAGAAUAUAAAUGAAAUCGCCAAAUCAUGGGAAAAAGAUGUAGCUUUAAAACCAUUUGAUAUCACCCAACAGUUAUUUAGUGGGUCUAUUUAUACGCCACUAGGUUCUUCCAGAUUUCCAUUGUGGAAAAAAAUGGAAUUAUAUUUUGAUGACAUUGACUUUACUCCUUUGAUGAUUCAGGAAAAUUAUCUAAAUACAAGGCCUACAAAUUUGAAAAAUGGCAUGACUCAUUUACAAGCGGUUGCAGAAGCUGCUAAUGAUGUGUCCUUAGGUGAUUUAGUCGAUAAGAAAAUACAUAGUUCAGCCCAGUUAUGGAGUUUAUUACCAUUUCAUUCGAUUAUUUCUACUAUUUUACCAGCUUCAUUAGUUUCCGGACAAAUGGCGGGUAGAAUCAAUUUUUCUGCUUGGUUAGGCCAAAAUUCUAAGACUGGUAAAUAUUAUAGAAUGCUUCAGGAAUUAUACUACCAUACCAGGUUGAGCACCUCUACAGAUAAGGAUGGGUUUAGAUUAGACUAUAUCCCAACUUUGAAAAAUUCGCUGUUGAAUCCAUUAUUAACCGAAGGAUCUACUGCUAUUCCUGAUAUUAUUCAUGUUAUGGACGGAUAUUACCUUUCAAAAGACGACUGGGAUUCAAUAAUGGAGUUUAUGGUAGGUCCUGAUGUAACCGAACCGCUAUUGAAAAAAAUACCAGCGGCUGUAAAGAGCUCAUUUACCAGAAAAUAUAAUGCUACGACACAUCCUGUGUCUAUAUAUACACCUGGUACAACUUCAUUUGGAAGUGCCAAAAAGGACAAACCUGAUCUUGAUGAAGUUGUUGAUGCAGAUGACAAUGUGCCACCACCUGAAGAUGAUCAAAACAAGAGUACUGAAGAUGAUGAGAUCGAUUUUAAAAAGGAUAAAUUAAUUAAGCAAGCCAAGCCAAGAUCUCGAAAAGUUUCUGCAAUCGCAAAAAGUUCAGCAGGUACAAAAAAGAGAAAAGUCGUAAAAAAAUAA